AUGGGAAUCUCAUGUUCAAAUUGCUAAAAUAUCUUAAGAGGAAUAGAGUAUAAAUAUUCAUUAAACUAGCCAUCAAUAAUAAGAGCAUUAAAAUGACAAUAAUCAAAAGUUAGAUACAGAAUAAGUAUUUGAUUGUGAAGUAUGGAACUUUUACAACCUUAGAUGGUUUAAGAAAAUUGUCUAAAUAGUAACAAUAACGAAUGUAAAUGAAAGAAAGUACUUCUUCGAUGGUUAACUCUUAAGAAUGUAAAUAAUUUUAUAUUAAUAAAUAGAGAAUCAAGUAAAAAUUAAUCUGUGGGAUUUUAAAAUUUUACUAAUUUAGAAUAGCUAAAUCAUCUUAACUGGUCUGGAAAAUAUGGGUAAUUGAAUUAAAAGGUAGGAAAAUGGAUUACAACAUGGAAAGGUGAAGUUUUAAGGGAUGCAGGUGGAUGGUACUCUGAUGAUGAAAAAAAAUAAGGUUUGUGGAUUGAACUUACAAAAAAUUAUAGAAAGUAUAUUAUCAUUCAAUUAUUUAAAAGUUAAGCUGAAGUAUACGAAUCUGGAUAUUAUCUAGAUGAUUAAAGAUAUGGAAUGUGGAAGUAUAUAUAUGAUGAAGAAUUAAUGUAUCGACCAAAUUAUUUAUAAUUUAGUGAUGCUGGACGUUACAACUUUUAAGGUCAAAAGAAUGGAAAAUGGACACAAUUAAGUGAUAGAUUUUGCUAUUAUUCUAAAAUCAAAUAUAAUGGUGAAUAUAAAAAUGGAAAAAAGGUUGGUUUAUGGAAUAUUUGGUAUUAAGAUGAAUAUAGAUAUAUAAAUAAAUUGAUGUAUUUUAUUAAGAUUAAAACUAUUUAAGUGGUGGUGGGUCAUAUAAUGGAGAUGGAAAUAAAAUUGGAAAAUGGAUUGAGUAGAGUGAUGGAUUUUAAGGAUUCUCAUAAAUCACUUAUAUUGGAGACUAUAGAAACGAUAAGAAAAUUGGUAGAUGGGAUAUUUGGUUUAAGUAGGGAGAUGGUUAGAUACAUGAUAUAAUGUAAAAUAUUAAAAUUAAAUUUUUAAGUGGUGGAGGAUCAUAUGAUGAAGAUGGUAAUAAAAUUGGAAAAUGGGUUUAAUUGAGCGAAGGAUUUUAAGAACACUCAUAAAUCAUUUAUAUUGGAGAAUAUAGAAAAGG